AUCAGCUUCCGGUCACGUGUUCGCUACAGUAGAGGAUCAUAUGACUUAAAGUCGAUGAAGAUGAGAGCUGGGAGCAGCCAGCUGACACUUGAAGUGCUUGUUUUGAUCUUUAAUUUGUGUUUUUACUCAAGUUAUCAACUGACCGAACUGCAGGUAUGUGAGCUCUGCAGCGGUACAGUCCGAAAUGGCACCGAAGUGGGCCAGUUCUGCUUCUCAUCCGCUGGUCGGAUAGACGGACGCUGCUGCUUGAGAAAUGACAACAUUAGCGACCCUGAACACAUCAUCGGGUUGGAUCUGUCCAAUUGUUCACUAACUCACGUGGAGGAUCUUCAGGGAGCAUCAACAGCAUUAAUGAUAGACCUCUCACUCAAUCCCAUUGUCAACAUCAGUGACACAGCGUUUCAAGGAUUUACUGACUUAAAUUGCUUGAUUUUGCCACAAGACAUGGUUUGUCCAGGGGGCAACAGUUCUUGGGAAACGGUGGAGGUCAAAGAGGGAAAUCGUUUUUGUGAAGGCCAGAAAGAUAUGUGCAACCAGACUGGACAGCUGUCCAUGAACUGCCCGGAGAACUCCCUCUGCGCCCCCUACGGCCCCAGCUUCUUUGAGUGCAGCUGUGCCGUCAACUAUCACGGAUACAAGUGUCUUCGAGAGGGGGAGUUCCCGCUUCUCCAGGUGUUUGGGCCUCUUGGAGCGUUUACGGUUGUGAUGGCUGUCCUGCUGUGGGUCACCCAGAGAUGUAAGGCCAAGUCACUCUGAGGCUGCUGAACUGCGGUCGACUUCUUUAUCUGCAAUGAUCUACUGAGCUGAAACUGAAAGGGAAAAAGCUGACACAAAGUCUGAGUUGACCCCCAGGCUUCUUUUAAACAUGGUGUUUUAUUUUACUUUAUUUUAUCUGGGUACAUAUUUAUCUGGGUUUUAAAAACUGGCAUUUUUUUUACUGCAUCAUCAGUGCAAUUUUAGAGAGAAAUUUAAUUCCAACAUGUUGUUCCAAGUUUUAAAUGUCUGCCAAUAAUAUAAUAAUAAUUAAAUGUAGUUAAUUGACAUAAGAUAUUAAUGACAGAUUUGCUCGCUGUUAUCUGUGCCAAACAUGCACUCAAUGUGUGUGAGUUUACAUGAUGUCCUUAAGCACAUUUUGGGGAAAUUUGUAGAAUUUAGCAGUUUGUUUACUGCAUGUUGAACAUGUACUUCACUCAGAGCAAAAACCAAGUCAGGUUCAGUCUAUGAAUCAUGAUGUGAACCAUCAGAAUUUUAAGUUUUUCUGAAUUAAGUUGUAUUAAAAAGGUGAGAUAUUGGGUUUAAGUACUACAGUUUGUUAUUAAGUUGCUGCUUUUAUGCCAAAUCUUGUAUGUUUUCGACUCAAAAUGUUGUGUGCCUACUGGUGAGUUGAAAUGUGUUCAUCAGUCACUUGUGGAAAAUGUCUUGAUAUUGAUGUGCGAGUAGUUUUGAUGAGAUUCAGGGUUCUAAUAAAAUAUUAAAAACAAAUAUAUUGCUUUACUUGAAUUACCACCAUGAAAUUAAGCACUGAACUGAAUAUCAACUUUUGCAUUAACUGAUAAAUGUCUACUGUAAAGGGGAAAAACGUUUUAGCUGUGGAUAAAAUGUUUCCCCCCCCGAAUUCAAGAUUAAGACAUGUGGCAAUAUGAGA